AUGGCUCCAGUUGCGAGGCUUUACCUGAACGGAUGGCCAGCGUUUGCUCAGUUGCCAUGGCUUCGAGGGUAUGUCCUGCCAGAUGGUGCUACAACUCCAGCGGCAUCCAUGCAGGGUAUUGAGGAUCUGAAUUCCCUUUUGAUUCGAGAAUCCGAAGCUUUGCGAGAGUCUCUUCUGGAAGGGUUGACGGCAAGAGGAAGCUAUCAACCGCCAGACAAAGAAGAGCAAACGCAGAAGCUGGAGAAUGAGGACUGGGACCUCACUAAGAUCUUCAUGUCCCCAAAGGGCGCCAUCACUCGUUUACACUACGACAAUGGCGGUGCUCACGCUUGGCUCUCUCAAGUUCAAGGGAGAAAGAUGUUCGUUUGCUUCGCUCCAUCUGAUGGAGAGCACCUUCAUCCCUUUGAGGGUGACGAAGGUUUGCUGAAUGGUUCCUGGCUCGACCCGUUAGACCCGGAGGUCUUCAAGAAGUGGCCGGAUGCCAAAAAAGCCACGCCCUAUGUAGCUGUGGUGGAAGCUGGUGAGACCAUCGUUGCGCCCAAGGGCUGGUGGCACUACGCUGUGUCGCUAGACAGCUCUGUUACCAUCAUGCGGAACUUCUACAGUACCAGUAACCAGUGGGACUUAAUUCGCCGCAAAGACGGGGGCUUGGCCAAUGCGAUUGCAACACAUGUGUUGCGGAAGCAGCCCAAGCUCAAGAAUCAGCCCGACUCGGUCAUCAACGAGAUUGCCACAAAAACCGUGCUGAAGCUGCGCCGGGUCAAGACGGGUCAAGAUGGCCAAAUGCUCGGAAUUGGACCAGACACAGACUUUCCAAAAUUUUCAACAGAGGAACUCGUGGACCGAUGGACCAGGUGCGCAGUUCCUGAAUCCUACUCGAGGGAAAGCCUGAAGAAACUGAUCGAAUUAAAUUGUGCAAAGGUCACCAAAUCUGUGGAGGAUUUUCGAUCCAUGGGAUCUGGCGAAACAGAUCUUGACCGAGGCCUGGUGAUGCUGCUUGGGGAUGACUAUAGCCUGGACAAUCUUCAAUGGCACGCGAAAGGCGAUCUUGCCUUGGAACUGUGCCAGAAUGCAACCAGGCAGAUUGUUGACACCGAGCUUAGCCUUUGGAGACUCACCGAGAAUGAAAGCAUGACACUAACCCGAGAAGCGGCAACCCUGGCGGUGAAUGCGUGGGGUGCUGUGAUGCUCCAGGGCCGGAAGUGCUGCACAUUGCCUCGGGCUCCCUAUUGCAUCGACACCACUUGGUCAGCUUCAACAGUGGCACUGUUGGUUCCAAUCGCGUUCCUGGCCAUCUUGUUUACUAUCUCAGUGGUGUCGUCUUGGAUCCUUCCGCAGCCAAGCAAAGAAACCGAACAGAUGGUAGAACGCGAGGAAGUUUUUCCAAGCAGACCUGGAUCUCGAACUCCAAGAGUCUCUUGCAGGAGUGCUUUGAAAAAGGAAUUGGAGGUGGAGUGGUUAGAGCGACAUUGCCUGCGUGUUUUGCCGGGCGCUUCUGACUUCGCCAACUCCACCAGUAGUCUUUUUGGUGCCUUGAAAGAAACCUUUGACUUUCAGGCAGAUAGUGUCCGAAAUCAGUACGAACAUUUCCUGUCGCUGUGGCGCUCUUCUUGCGCCAUGGUGGCUGACCGCAGCGUGGGCCAUGGUGCAUCGGUCAAUGAGACUGUGCUGCUGCAGGAGGCGGCUGGAGAUCUAUACUUCGAGAUGUUGGAUGGCUUUCUUCGUUGGAGAGAGAAUCUCCGCGACUUGGAAAGUGCAAGCGUGCCACCACUUUCGGAUGAUGAACCUCGACCGAUUGGCGGUGCCAAGUGGGAACCACUGAAAGAAUCGGUGGAGCCUUCCACUGCUGCAGUGCUGUCGCGCCAAUUGACAGAGAUGGCAACCUAUUUGUUGGUCUGGGGCGAGGCCGGCAAUGUGAGAUUUAUGCCAGAGGCCAUUUAUUUCAUCACGGAGCUGGCACUGGCGGCAAACCCUGCAGACUUCGAAGCGCUCUACGGCACAAGUAUCCCAGAGCCCAGUCCACCCGGAGCACCUUUCAGGAGCAAUUGCUUCCUAAGUAAGAUCAUCCGUCCCAUUUACAAUGUGGUCUUCGAUGAGUGGUAUCAGUAUGUGGACAUUGACCAAAACAAUCAGAAGGACAAGAAGAAGCUGAAACCAGGUCUGGAGAACUUUCUUCCUCCGGAUGUUGCAAACUACGAUGAUUGGAACGAGUUCUUCUGUGAUCCUUCGCGCAUGGUGGAGGGUCUCCUGUUGCAAGAUGGCACCCGGCUCUUCGAUUUGCCUCACGAACGACGCUUUUUGGCUUUGCCACGGGUGGACUGGCAGGUCACAUUGGAAGCAGCUGAGACCAAAACGCACAGAGAGAUCCACUCUUUGUGGGGCGUUUUUGCAACAACGCAUCGGAUUGUUCUUGUGCACCUGGUCCUUUUUUUCUCUGGUGUGUGUGCCGUCGCUGGAGAUCCUGAACCACUGGAUGGUCAACAGCCUUUGCUGGGCACCAGUGGCGGUGUUCGAUUCGCCGCCGUGGCGCUGGUGGUGCCGCUCCAUGCUCUGCUGUGGUCCUGUGCCCGGUGGCAAGUGACAGGACGGGUCCUACGUUUGCAGGCACCUUUGGCGUGCUUCAGCCGCAGUAUUUGGAAGGCACUUUGGUGGAUGCUGCCUGUCCUGACGUAUGCCGGAAUUCGAGACUCCACCCUUGGCGAAGACAGCCAGCUGGGAUUGCCCUUAGUACCUUUGUUGGUCUUUCACUUUGCGCUGUCAGGGGUCGGCUUGGGAUAUUUGCUUUUUGUGCCAUCGGGCUCAUGCAUCCGAAGCUGCGGAAGUAAUUCCGAUAUGAUGUGGGAGAUGAGUCCCGUUCCACUCCUUUCACGGCUGGUGCGCUACAUCUUUUGGAUUACACUCUUCGCCAUCAAAUUCAUCUUGGCCUUGAUCAUUUUCCGGGCGAUGUUCGAAGCCACAGUGGAAUUGCAGAUUGCUCUUCCAGGCCGUGAGUCUGUUUCAGAACUUUCCAAGAUCUAUUACAGCACGGAAUGGGGAUCUGAUUUCCUUCUAUGGUUUGUACUGUGGUCUACUACCUUCGUUCUCUUCAUCUCGGAUACGCAGCUCUGGUUCACCUUGCUGUGCUCCAUCUUGGGUGUCGCUACAGUGAUGGUCCAGCGGGGCUGUCGCUGUUUCACCUGGGCCUUGGAAGAUUCCGUUGCGAAGCUCCCCGAGCGAUUCUCCAGGAAGGUGCUCCCAUAUUCUUUCGGAAUGUCUGAGAGCCGGGUUGGUGAGCAGGUGGCACAGUUUUCGCCAUAUUUCCCUGCUAUUUGGGACCGAAUCCUGGAGUACAUGCGAUAUGAGGAUAAGAUUGACAACCACCUUAUGGGGGACUUGUCCUUCAAAUCUGGGGAGUCUGGACAUCAAGUUUACUGGCAACAACUUCGACAGCCUUUGGCCAAACGGCGCCGUGAACCCAUCUCUCCGGGUGGCCGUGAAGUGGGUGAGGAUGGUGCUGAGUUGAUGCCAGGUGGCAGCUAUGCAGCGACCACGCUGCCGAAAGCGGGAGUGACGUCGGGACAGACGACAGGAAAGCCACGAAGGAAGAUCAAAGUCCCCGAUAUCUUCAGAGAGAAAACUGCCUUCGAGGUGGGCUUCAAGACAUACUGCUGCAUGCACGACGCCCACUGGCCGAACAAUGCGGAUGUCCAAUGGCGGCUGCUCGCUUUGUCUCGUGGCUUGGGACUUCCUAUGCCGCGACCCUUCCGUGCGCCGUACUUCCCGGGCCUCACGGUGUGCAUUCCACACUACGGAGAAUCCAUUCUGAUGUUGAAGAAGGAACUAUUUCAGGGGCGAGAGGAAAAUGUUCCUCUUAUGGAUUGGCUUGCCGCCAAGUACGAGGAAGAGUUUCUCACUUUUUCCAAUCGAAUGCAGGUCAAGUGGGGGGACAGCGGCUGGCCCGUGCAAGGAAGUCAGUGGGAAGAGUACACAGAUCAACAGUGGAGCACCAUCAGUGCUUGGGCAUCGAUGCGUAUGCAGACACUAUGGCGUACAGUUGCAGGCAUGUGCCUAUACCAUCCGGCUUUGCAAUGUCACUGGGAGGUGCAGGCGGAUCGCAAGAGCAGCCUGGCCAAGCCAGGAAUUUGGAAUGCCAGCGACUGCUUCACAUGCUUGGUUUCAAUGCAAAUGUACAAAUUCUUUGACCGGACACAACUGGCGCACACCAAUAGGAUGUUCGCCAAAUUCCCAGACUGUCUGAAGGUCGCGUUCAUUGACUGUGACGACAAAGGCAUCACGGCCGAGUUGGACUUGGUUCACCCGAAACAGAAGCGGCGCUACUACAGCAGUCUGAUUGACGGCGCAUGUGAGGAACUCCCAAGUGGUUUGAAAAAGGCAAAAUUCCGCGUGGAACUUCCCGGCUAUCCGAUCUUGGGAGAUGGAAAGGGUGACAACCAAAACCAUGCCAUUCCCUUCAUGCGGGGUGUGUUCACUCAGUGCAUCGACGCCAACCAAGGGGCAUACUUUGAACAGAUGAUGUUACUUCCCUGUGCUCUUGGCGAGUUCCGCUCGAAGAAGCGAGGAGAUAGCCUUUCGAAGAAGAUCGUGGGCUUUCCGGAGCACAUUACCAGUGACAUCGGUUCCAUCGGAGAUUUCGCGGCCUCGGCGGAAGUGGCGUUCGGCACGAUUCUCCAGCGAACAUAUGCCGUACUUGGCGCUCGUAUGCACUACGGACAUCCCGAUAUCAUGAACAAGCUCUUCAUGAUGCAGCAAGGAGGCGUUUCCAAAGCAACAAAGACGGUGAACCUUUCGGAGGACAUUUUCGCAGGAAUGGACUUUACCUUGCGUGGUAAUGGACGAUCCAUCAAGCACUCGGAGUACUUCCACCUGGCCAAGGGGCGCGAUCUUGGCUUCAACACGGUGCUUGGCUUUUUCUCCAAGCUUUCUUCCGGCACAGGUGAGCAGGUCCUGACACGACAAGCGUUCCGCUUGGGACAGGUGCUUCAUUUGCCGGAGGCCUUGACCUUCUACUACGCUCACGUGGGCUAUUACUUCACGCAACUGUUUGUCUCUUGGAGUAUGCCGUUGCUGGUCUUCGUUUGGCUUCUCGUUUUGCUGGCCGACGAGGUGCGAGAUGGAAUCUUUGAAGCUUUCUUGAACUUGGAGCAGGUCAAAAUGACAUCCGCGGAGGUCAUGGCAAAGACAGUGGGAGUGUGGUUCUCUUGGCUCCUUUUGCUCUUCUUGGUGGCCACAUCCCUGCCACUCUUGGCUGAGAUGUGGAUGGAGCGAAACCUCAAGGUUGCAUGCGAGCGAUUCUUCAAGCAGAUGCUUACCCUAUCACCGUUGAUGUUCAUUUUUCAGGCCAAGAUUAUUGGCCACUAUGUCAUCAAUGAGAUUCGCUACGGCGGUGCCACUUAUGUCUCCACUGGCCGAGGGCUGCCAACAGAUCGACGACCAUUCAUAGGUGAAGCAGUUCCGGGAAAGUUUCAGCUGAAAAAACUUGGAGGCCUUUACCUUGAUUAUGCAUCGAUCGCAUACUACGACGGCGUGACGCUUCUUGCGGGAGUCGUGCUGAUUUAUUUGGCCGGAGGUGUAUCAGGUGCUGGAGUCUUCCGCAACGACGUGUGGUGGGUCUUCAUUUGUCUCUUCCUGACUGUGGCUUCGUGGCUGUGGGCACCAUUCAUCUUCAACCCAUAUCAGUUUGUUUGGAAGCAUUUCUGUGAGGACUUCCGCUGUUUGGUCGCCUUCUUUUUGGAGGACAGCGGCAGGCAUUGGGUUGAGUGGUACGAUCGGACUCAGCUGAAACCGCGCAGUGGCGGACUUCAUGGGUCUAUGGUAGACAUCACGUUUGUUGUUGCCGUCUUCUUCCUGGCCGCUUGGUACGCCAUGAUCAACAUGAAGAUCGAUGCGCUGAUGUUAGCCUAUUCAGGUGCACUUUCCAGCAACAUGCUGCACAUUGCAGCCUUGUUGCCGCCGACCUUCGCAUCCUUCACGUAUUGCAUCAUUGUGGUUUUGUUCGAAAAUGUGGUUGGCUGCAGCAGUAUUUUAAGACGUCGCAUGCGACCAAGCAAACGCACGCCGCUUGACUUCAGGAUCAAUUAUCGAGGUGUUGUUAUAUUGAUAUUGAAUGAUAUUGAUGAUAGUCUAUAA